UUGGGGAAAAAGCACGAAACCAGAGCCUUUAACUACAGUACGGAGGAAUCGAGGGAUCACACGGACUCGAUCCACUCGGAGAGAAGAAGAACACCAGGAUGGGUCUGAUCUAAAAACGACCGACUGUUGUCGUCAUCAUUUAUUACUAUUAGGAGUAGUAUUAAUUAAUAACCAUUGUUGCCGUCAUGAAUCCGGCUGAGCAGACGGUCACGUGGCUCAUCGCGCUCGGUGUGCUGGAUUCGCCGAAAAAGCGCGUGUCGGAUCCUGAGAGCUUUCUACAGACCUCCCUGCGGGAUGGCGUGGUGCUGUGCAGGCUGCUCGAGCGGCUGCGUCCCGGGUCGCUUCUCACGGUUUUUCAGGAACCGAAGAGUGACUCCGAGUGCUUGAGCAACAUCAGGGAGUUCCUCCGAGCCUGCGCUUCAUACCGAGUGGAGACAUUUGAGGCUGAUGAUCUGUUUCACGGUCAAAACUUCACCAAGGUGCUGAAUUCCUUGGUUGCUCUCAACAAGGCAACAGAAGCUACUGAAUCUGGCACCGACUCCAUAUGUGCUCAACGCUCCUCUCUGCGAAUCAAGUCCUUUGACUCCCUGAACUGUCAGCCUCCACGAAGGAGAUCAUCCAAACGAGUGCACAGCCAGUAUUGCAGUCUGGACAUGUCUGAGAACAGUUCAGCUCCGCUGUUGGUGAAGGCACGGUUUAAUUUCCAGCAGACGAAUGAGGACGAAUUAUGCUUCAACAAGGGUGACAUCAUCCAGGUGACUCGACAGGAGGAUGGGGGCUGGUGGGAAGGCACGCUUAAUGGCAAGAGCGGUUGGUUUCCUAGCAACUACGUCAAAGAGAUCAAAGGAAGUGAUAAGCCCAUCUCCCCCAAGCCCGGGUCGCUGAAGAGUCCCAAAGUGUUCGAGGCCUGCGCUGCUACUAAAACCUACUACAACCUGGUGAUUGAGAAUAUUAUGCAGACAGAAACAGAAUACAGCAAAGAGCUCCAAACACUGCUUUCAACGUACUUGAGACUACUGCAGCCCACAGACAGAUUGACCGUGACAGAUAUCGCUCACAUUCUGGGCAAUCUAGAAGAGAUCAGCUCCUUCCAGCAGACACUGGUACAGUCACUAGAGGAAUGCACCAAAUUUCCAGAGAGCCAGCAGAGAAUCGGGAGCUUCUUCCUGUCCCUCAUACCCCAGAUGAAGAGCCUUUAUGUAGCUUACUGCUCCAAUCAUCCCUCUGCUGUCAGUGUCCUCACACAACACAGUGAGGAGCUGGGCGAGUUUAUGGAGAGUAAAGGUGCGAGCAGUCCUGGGAUUCUCACUCUUACCACCAAUCUGAGUAAACCCUUCAUGAGACUGGACAGAUACCCCACAGUGCUCAAAGAGAUGGAGAGACACAUGGAGGAUUUUCACCCAGACCGCCCAGACAUCCAGAAAAGCUUGGUGGCGUUUAAGAAUCUUUCUGCCCAGUGUCAGGAUGUGAGGAAGAGGAAAGAGCUGGAGCUGCAGAUUCUGAACGAGCCGGUGCGUGGUUGGGAAGGGGAGGGCAUUAAGACCCUGGGCACCGUCAUCUACAUGUCUCAGGUUCUCAUGCAGAACCAUGGCAGCGAGGAGAAAAAUGAGCGUUACCUCCUGCUUUUCCCCCAUGUGUUGCUGGUGCUGUCUGCCAGCCCUCGAAUGAGCUGCUUUAUCUACCAGGGGAAACUUCCUUUAACAGGGAUGAAUGUUAACAAGUGUGAAGAGACAAGAAAUGCUUUUGAAAUAUCCGGGACUAUGAUCGACAGGAUUCAGGUGAUCUGCAAUAACCCUCAGGAUUUACAGGAGUGGGUGGAGCAUCUUCAUCGCCAGACCAAACGCACAUCAACCAGUAUCUCCAGUUUGAAACCAUGUCAUACGCUGCCCGCUCACCCACCCACCCCUUCGAGACACUCAGAGAGCCGGGGAGCCUACCACACCCUCCCUCACCCCUCCUCGCACUGCACCCCACACAGCACCAUGAUGUGGGGACCUUUGGAACCGCCAAAAACCCAGAAGCCCUGGAGCCUGAGCUGCCUGCGACCCGCACCACCACUAAAAGCAUCAGCAGCUCUUUGUUACAAAGAGGAUCUCAGCAAAAGCCCCAAGAGCAUGAAGAAACUUCUGCACAAACGCAAGGAGAGGAAGCCCUCAGAUGAGGAGUUUUCUAUGAGGAAGAGCACUGCAGCCCUGGAGGAGGACGCGCAGAUCCUGAAAGUCAUAGAGGCGUACUGCACAAGUGCAAAGACGAGGCAAACACUCAACUCAACAUGGCAGGGCACUGAUUUGAUGCAUAAUCACGUGCUGGCUGACGUCGGCCGGUCUCGCGCGGAGGCUGCCGGUUGCCGUGCCAGCGUGUUGCGCCUGGAACUGUCAUCUGACCAAUCAGAAGACUCGGACUAUGACAGUAUAUGGACCACCCAUAGUUACAGGAUGGGUUCCACCUCUCGUUCGAGGAAGGAUUCAGGGCUGCAUAUGCUUUUCCCUGAAGAGGAGAAGAUCAUUGUAGAAGAAAUAAAGAGCAAUGGACAGACGGUCAUUGAAGAGAGGAGUUUGGUUGACACUGUUUAUGCACUGAGGGAUGAAGUUCAGGAACUCAAGCAGGAUAACAAGCGGAUGAAGAGCAGUUUGGAGGAGGAGCAGAAAGCAAGGAAAGAGCUGGAGAAGAUAGUCAGGAGAGUAUUAAAGAACAUGAACGAUCCUUCAUGGGAUGAAACAAAUCUGUAAAGUUUAAUGAGGAUUGUUAUGCAUGUGGUCCAUGCCGGCACAAACAGAGGAUAAAAAAAAAAAGAAAGAAACACUGUAAAACUUGGAACAGCAUGAUGCAGCUGAAGUGCUAGGCAUAACUUUGGACCAAGAAAGCCUUUUCAGCUGAGCAUAUAUGAGAUGAUAAUGGCGAUGCUAACCGGGUUGAAAUGGAUCCAGUUGUUGAGAAAAGGCUCUUUAAGUUUGCCAGUGCCAAAUUUGCAUUAUCUUUGCCAAAUAGCCUCUGAACUGCAAAUAAAUCAAGGAACGGAUAUUAAAGUGAGUGGCCAAAUACAGCUUAUGGGUUUGCCUUAAUUUUUUAAAAAACCUUUUAAGAUAAAUAUACUAAUGUAUAAUUAUGGUUAAGUAUGAGUUACCGUGUCUUAGAAAAAAAAGUUUCCUAUUCCCUGCUGUCAUUGCCGUCACAUCCUUUCUGUACUUCCGCCGACAGCGUGUACCAGCAUGUACGAUUUUCGCAAAUAAUCUGAUGUCACACGGUUCUUAGUUUGACAGUAAACUGGGAGUCUCAGGGAGUCCAUGAAUACAGAAAAUCUUUCAGUCAGGAUCUUCUUAGUAAUCUGUAGCAACACUGUGAAAAAGCAGAUGCAUUUCCAACAAGAGCAACACAGCAGAUACAGUACUGUAAACAUUCAGAGGAAACUGAUUUUUCUAAAACCGUUUUCUUUAUUUGUGAAUGAAUUUUUCUUUCUUUUUUUUUCUCCCUGAUCAGUUUAUCGUUUAGCACCAGCUGAACGUUAACUUUUUUUUUUAAGGUGAAAUUUUUAAUUGUUUGUUGUUUUGCUUAUUGAUUUGUAUAAAAAAAUCAGGCUAUACUUUAAAAGUGCGGAUGUGCCUUUUUGUAAAAAAAAAAAAAAAAAGAAAAGAAAUUUAAUUUCCAAAUCUUCCUUGGCAUUUUGUCUGCAAUUCCAAGACCAAUAUAAAGACAAGUGCUUAUGCAGCAGAUAUAUAUAUAUAUAUAUAUAUAUAUAUAUAUAUAUAUAUAUAUAUACGCGUCACUACUAACUGACAACUCAACAUUCUUACAUGUUAUCUAAUUUAUGUAUUUAAAUGAAAUGAAAAUGUUUACUGCAAACAUUGAUAUUCUGUCCCUUUGUCUGUGUUCCAUGUUGAGCAGGAAAAUUUCUAUCAAUAGCUUCCUGAUGUACUUACUUUCUCUACAUUUCUUCUACUAUUCUUCUAUUUGUUCUAUUUU